CAGCCAAUCAUGUUGAACUGCACAGCAUAUGUUGUUGAUUACAAUUCGUCUUGUCAGAAGCCUCAGUAGCAAGGCAUGACUGUAUCACCCAUGCAGAAAAGGCUUCUCAAGGGAUACUGGGAAAGGCCCCCUGACAAUUUUGCUAUCCAGCCCUCUCUUCUCAUGCAAUGAGGAACUCACAAAGAAGCCUGCUGAAAUCCAACGUAAAUAUUUAAAAUAAAAGAAUGCAAGGCCCUGGAAGGAGUGGUCCUCUCUUGCGUUUUGGAUUUGACGUUUACAUCUUGGGACUCUUGAAUUAUGGUCGCUAUAAGAAGGACUUGAAUCUCUCUGUUAAAGUUAUGCAAAUACAGUAUAGUCUCAAUAUUUUUGGGAUUAUAUUCAGAGGCUUUUGGAUUAUGGUCAUAGAAUGCCCUCAGAAGAAGAGAAUGAUAAACCAUUUCUGAGUACUCUCAACCUAGAAAACCUUGGAAAGGGUCACCAAUGGUUACAUGUCAAGGAUUACUGAUUCUUCUGUUCCUUGAAACCACAUUUGGGAGCUCCUGUCCCCACCACUGCAGCUGUUCUCCGUCGGAUCAGAAUCCUCUAAAAGUGGACUGCAGCUUCAGAGAACUGACCACAUUUCCGCUUCUACCUGGCUCCACACAAGAGUUGUACCUCCAGGAGAACAAACUAAAAACAAUACCUGCAGGAGCUUUUGACAGCCUUCAGAUGCUGAAGGUUAUCAAUUUAUCGAGCAAUCCUUGGCACUGUGACUGCAGGAUUCUCUAUCUGAAAAACUGGCUGGAAGACCAAAUGGAUAACCUUCUUACCAAUGACAUCACUGAUGUGAGGUGCUUCACACCACGUUCACUUCGCAACAGAUCCGUAUCUGAUCUCAGAUGGAGCGAAGUGCCUUCCUGCUCCACACCCCAAAGACUUUGUUCCGACUUCCUGUUCAGUGAUGCGCUCCUUUUCAUUUUGGUGUUCCUUCUUUUACUGAUUUGUAUUUUCUUGAUUACAAGAAAGACUAAAUUUAAAGUGGAGGUUUGUGAAAACAGCACAAAGAUCCCAGGCACAUUACCGUUAACUUUUUAUCGGCUGAAAAGAAGAACAGGAAGAGUACCAAGCAAUUCAUCAUUGCUAGUGACUGCUGAGCAUUAGGUUGUCAAACAAGAAUAAUGAUCAAAAGAAAUUAUUUGCAUUUAUCAUUAAAAGUCAAGUGGUAAACUUCUAUGAAUGGCUAUUAUUGAUGUUUCAUUUUAAGGAACGGUAAUUUAUUUAGAACAUAUUAAAUGAACAAAAAUCUGUAAUAUGGUACUUUGAGAUCAGUUCCUAAAAUUGAACAUGUUUAAUUUAAUCUUGUUCCUGCUUUUAGAUAUGCACUGAAAGCAUCACCUGCAAUUGACGGUAAGUUCAAAAUCAG